AUUUUGGAGACAUUGGCCUGGCAUUACUCUCCAGGACGACAGCGAUCCUAUCCCAUUUCGAAGCGCAGCUUUCCAAACCGAGAAUCGACUUCACGUCCGUCAACAUGCCACUACCACGACUUAUUGCAUCGUGCCUUCUUUUGGUCACCACAGUGAGCGCGCAAAAGGGCUUCACAUGUCCCAUUCUGGGCAAGCAAUGGCCUGCUCCGACCAACAUCUCCACCGAGCCUCUUCUGCUUGCUGCUGCCAAGAAUCUGACAUCGCAAAUAAACCAGCUCGUGCAUGGUGACGGCCCAAACUGGAAUACAACAAGCUUCUCUAUAACUGUCUUUAGUGCAUCGGAGGAUUCCUUUGCUUACGAAUAUCAUCGAACCGACCCAACCGUUCUACAUAGCAAGGCCGGCGUGCGCAAUGUCACGGCUGACUCUGUGUACCGCAUUGGGAGUGUCUCCAAACUGAUGUCGGUGUACCUCUUUCUGAUCCAACUCGGGGGUAAACACCUCCACACGCCCGUCUCCCACUUCAUUCCGCAGCUCUUGGCCCACGCCAACUCGUCUCUGGGUGAUCUUGAUGUCAUCCAUCCCAAUUGGCGAGACAUUACUGUCACAGACUUGGCCAGUUAUCUCGCCGGUAUUCCGAACGACUUUGCGUACGAUUUCUCCAUACCUAACCCGGCAGCCGAUACCGCGUCACUGUUAAAUGCAACACUGGGCGUAUUUCCGCCAAUUCCAAAAUUCGAUGUUCCGUCCUGCGGCUUCAAGGAAGGCAACGAUUUUGUAGCUUGUAGCAGUGAAGAAUUCAUUCAAAAUGCCCGGCAAUUGCAACCAAUCUUCGCGAACGGGUACACGCCUAUUUACUCCAACAUCGGGUACGCUUUACUAGGGGUUUUCCUUGAGAAAGCUGCCAAUAAGACUAUGUCGCAAAUUUUCGAUGAUCAAUUAGUCCGCCGAUUGGGAUUAUCGAAUGCGAAGUUCGACGCUCCGUUUGAAUCUUGCAAAGGCGUCAUCCCUGUCAACGAAAGUGUAACAGGCUGGGUUCCUCAGUAUGGUGCUUAUGGAGCAGCUGCUAGCAACUUCGCCUCAUCGGAAGAUAUGGCCAAGAUCGGCAGGUCCAUGCUCCGCAACUCGCUCAUCUCUCCUUCACUCACGAGGCGCUGGCUCAAGCCUACCAGCUUCCUUGAAGACUUUUCACAAGGUGUUGGUCUUGCUUGGGAGAUUUUCCGUGUCAAGGUUGAUGACCACUCGGUCGCCAUUUUUUCGAAGGGCGGUGAUGUCGGCGUCUACCAUACUUCCUUUGCUAUUAUUCCCGACUACAACGUUGGCAUCAGUGUCAUGACCGCCAUCGAUCCGGCUACUGAUGGUAUUCGAGUUAAGGUCGAUGGUGCCGGCAUUGUCGCCUCAGUAAUUCUGCCAGCAGUUGCACAGAUUGCCAAACAACAAGCGACACGCAACUUUGCCGCUCGUUAUGUUACUCAUGAUGGCACCAACUCUUCCUUGACACUGACUACCGACGAUUUACCUGGGCUCAAGUUGCAAUCAUGGAUUGUCAACGGUACCAAUUUGUUUGACUUGUUCUUUACUAAAGAUGGAAAGACGACUAGCGACGUGCGUCUCCUUCCCAAUGAGCUCUAUCCUACAUCUUCUGGCAAGGUAGGCUUCACGGGCACGGAAUUACCCUUCAUAGAGCCGGCGGCGAAUAUUGUGGCAAACGGAAGCUUCACGGACUUGUACUCGCUCUGCCGGGAAUAUGAGGCGCAAUCCAACUACAUGUACGGAGGCGUCGAUGUGACGGAGCUGGUGUUCAACGUCAAUGCACAGGGCAAGGCUUUGUCGUUCCGUCACCUGGCGUUGAGGAAAACAUUCUAUCGAGCGACCUGAGCUUUUGGGUCGCGGUCCCCAAUUCAUACUCGUCAGCGUGAUUACCGACUCUAUCCAUUCCAGGUUCGAUGCUGCUCUUGUUUGAGCCAGUUUUAGGACUGCACGCAACAAAACAUAAUAUGAGCGCCUCAGAUCAACGGUUUUGUUUUAAUGCUUGGUGAAUGGCUCUGCCGAAGUGCGUCGCGUCGGGGAUGCCGCAAUGCCAAAUUAGGCAAUACCGCAAUUUGUGUGCCAUGAUGAUCGCCCCUCUGUAUAAUAAUUACCUAGUAUCAUUCCUCGAGUUUUAUCAAUGAAC